CGGGACAACACACAGAUAGCAAGGAAUCAGAAUCCGAGGCAAGUUAAAACAAUGGACCACCGAAGGCACCAUGGACUCACAGUUCUUUAGCAUGGCUUCAAUGAGAGCACACCGCACCACGAUCGAGGCUCUUACAGACCCCGCGACUAAUGAACUGGCCACAACCACAGCCCAUAGCAUAAGGAUCGCAAGAUCCUUCUAUCAGGACCUGUUCGCCUCUCACGCUCCUCCACAGCCAGAGGCCGACCGUCGGCUAGAGAUUGACGACUUCUUGUGCCCAAUAGAAAACCACCUCUCCCCCUCGCAGAAGGACAAACUAGACUGCCGCAUCACUAAGGACGAAAUCUGGACGACACUCAUGCAAAUGGAUGAGGAGAAAACUCCGGGCCUAGAUGGGUUCCCAAAAGAAUUUUGGGAAACCAUGUGGCCCCUCCUUAGCGACGAUCUGAUGUCAUUCUAUAAUGAGGUCUGGGAGUCGGGGGAUCUGGGGGAAUUGGCAGGGCAAGGGGUGCUUUCCUUGAUUCACAAAAAAAGUGACAAAAUGAACAUACGUAACUACCGACCGAUCACUCUGCUGACAGUGGUCUACAAGAUGCUGUCUAAGGCAUUGGCGAACAGAUUAAUCGACGUGAUUGAGGGUCUUAUCCACCCGGCCCAGACCGGUUUUCUCCGUAAUAGGAAUAUCCAGGAAAACAUACUGUUGAUUAAUCAGAUGAUCAGCUUGGCACAGCAAUCCAGGAGCAAUGCUGCUUUCAUCUUCAUCGACUUUGAAAAAGCAUAUGACCAUGUGGACUGGCUAUUCCUAGAUAGAUGCUUGGAACGCAUGAACUUCGGCAUGGCUUUUCGACGGUGGAUAAACAUCUUACACCGGGACGCAACUAUGAGGGUGCAGAUUAACGGGUCCCUGACCUCGGAAAUAAAGCUGCAGCGCUUUGUGAGACAGGGCGACCCUAUCGCCCCUUUCCUCUUCAUUAUCGUAAUGGAAGCAUUGGCUGCCAAUCUUCGGCAUAGCAGGGAUCUGGAGAAGAUUAGGAUCGCGGGCAUCCCAGAGGAUGCAAUCCUGGUGUGCUCUUUGUUCGCAGAUGACCUGACAAUCAUGGUUGUGGAUCAGUACACUGAUCUGAUGCAGGAGCCCUUUGGACUACCCAACCGACCAACCAAGCAUCGCAUCGAGCUACUACCUGGAUCAGUCCCUCCUAAGGGACGAGUCUACAGGAUGUCCCCUGCUGAGCUCGAGGAGCUCAGAAAGCAGCUUGAGACCCUUACCAACAAAGGCUGGAUCAGACCCAACACUUCUGAAUUCGGUGCACCGGUUCUCUUUGUGCCCAAAGGGAACGACGAGUUUAGAAUGUGCAUUGAUUACAGGGGUCUCAACAAGAUUACUAGGAAGAGUACAAAGCCACUUCCUAGGAUCGAUGACCUUCUAGAUAUGGUGCAGGGCUGCACAGUGUUCAGCAAAGUCGACCUCAAAUCUGGAUACCACCAGAUUGAGAUGGCAGAGGAGGAUGUCUACAAGACAGCCUUCAAGACCAGGUAUGGUACUUACGAGUUCCUGGUCAUGCCAUUUGGACUUUGCAAGGCCCCAUGUACCUUCCAGACAGAGAUGCACCGCAUCUUCAGGCCUUACCUGAACAAAUUCAUGGUUGUCUACCUGGAUGACAUCCUGGUAUUCAGCAGAACCGCCAGGGAACAUGCGGAGCACUUGGCUUUGGUCCUUGAGUCGUUACGCGACAACCAGUAUAAGAUCAACAGGGAGAAGUCCUCUUUUGGAGUUCCCUCUGUCAUCUAUCUGGGUCAUGUAAUCUCUGGAGAUGGCCUGGCUCCUGAAGGAGCCAAGAUAACUGCUAUUCAGGAGUGGUUCCAACCGCAGACAGAAAACAACUUGUUCCCAUAUGAUGUCUCUUCGACGGAACCAUAUCAGAGGGAUAAUCUUAUGCAUUUCCUGUGGUACUGGUGCCGUUUUUGGAUGGCUGGUGCUCUUGAGCUUCCAUAUUAUGCAUAUCGGCGUGGAAGAUUCGACUUAAUGGUCCAGAGUGUGGUUGCACUCUCCAUUUUCGUGACAGGGACUGCUAAACUCUAUGGCAUAUCAUCUGUUGCAACCACUUGGGUUAUCAUCAUUCCAUUUUUCAUUGCUUCGUUCGCUCUUAUGUUUGGAAACUGGAGCCAGCAUAUAUUUAUCGACCCAGCUCACCCUCGAAGCAACUACUUGCUUACGUGAGUUUUCUGGAAGCGGACCAUCACUUGAAAACCUCAAUC